GGCGGCGGCCUCGGGAGCAGGAGGAGAGGCAGCCACCGAGCGCCGAGCCGGCCGCGCCCCGAGGCCCUGCCCUGGGGGUGGGGAGCCGCGCCGUGGCUGGAAACUUUACCUACAGGUGCUGAGUUUUGGACAAGGAUGCCACUCAGGAGAAAGGGGAAAUUGUGAGCUCAGCUCUCCUCUCGUUAUUUGGUGAACGAAGGGAAGUUACCAAAAAUAGGUGCCCAAGAGCCAUCUUCCUUCAACUGUAUUUCAUCACAGUCUGUACAGUACUUUAGGAUUUCCAUAAACAAGCCAUCAAUAAUAAGGUGUUCAUAUGGAGUCUUCUUAUCACAGACAGGACAAACCCAGUUUUCUUUCCAGCUUUCUGUGGUCGACUUGUCCAGAGGAACUUGUGUGGUGCCCAAGUGAGACAGCUUCUCUCUGUUGCUAGCCUGUGGACUCUGGGGUGAGUGAGGUGAGCCAGACCCAGGAGAGGAGCUAACACAGGAUCCACGCUCUGACAGACCGAGUUCCCCAAGAAGGAAGAGGGUUGGAAAUGUUGAAGGCUGUGCUGAAGAAGAGCCGGGAGGGAGGACAGGGAGGCAAGAAGGAAACAGGAGGUGACUUGGGUCCGGAGACUUCUCCGGUCCUCCCCCCUGGCCAUGGUGGCGACUCUCCAGUGAGCAGCCUUCCUGUGGCCGAGGACACCUAUAGGGUGAGCUUGGCCAAAGGUGUCUCUAUGUCUCUGCCCUCAUCACCCCUGCUGCCUCGACAGGCUCACUCGGUGCAAUCAAGAGCGAACAAAAAAUCCCCAGGUCCGGUCAGGAAGCCCAAGUAUGUGGAAAGCCCCAGAGUGCCUGGAGAUGCAGUUUUAAUCCCGUUCAGAGAAGUGGCUAAACCAGCAGAGCCCAAUGAGAAUGAAGCAAAGGCCCAUAAUGAACCAAGCUGUUCACCGGCAGCUCAAGAACUGUUGACGAGGCUGGGCUUUUUACUGGGAGAAGGGAUCCCAAGUGCCACACACAUAACCAUUGAAGAAAAAAAUGAAACCAUGUGCACAGCUCCUACCCAAGGCAUCAGUCCUUGCUCCACACUAACAAGCAGCACCGCAUCUCCCAGCACCGAUAGCCCCUGCUCAACCUUGAAUAGCUGUGUCAGCAAAACGGCAGCCAACAAAAGUCCCUGUGAGACUAUUAGCAGCCCUAGUUCCACCCUGGAAAGCAAGGACAGUGGAAUUAUAGCCACAAUUACAAGUUCAUCCGAAAAUGAUGACCGGAGUGGCUCCAGCUUGGAAUGGAGUAAAGACGGAAGCCUAAGGUUAGGGGUACAGAAGGGAGUGCUUCAUGAUCGCAGGGCAGAUAAUUGCUCCCCAGUGGCAGAAGAGGAGACCACUGGGUCAGCGGAGAGCUUGCUGCCCAGAGCUGAAGCCUCAGUUGGAGAUGGUCCCGUCCCUUAUUCUCAGAGCUCCAGCUCGCUAAUAAUGCCACGGCCCAACUCAGUUGCAGCAACGAGCUCAACAAAAUUGGAAGACCUGAGUUAUUUAGAUGGGCAGAGAAAUGCUCCUCUUCGAACAUCGAUUAGGUUACCGUGGCACAGCUCUGCAGGAGGUAGGGCACAGGAAGUUAAAGCACGGUUUGCUCCCUACAAGCCACAAGACAUUUUGCUGAAACCCCUGUUGUUUGAAGUCCCGAGCAUAACAACAGACUCUGUGUUUGUGGGAAGGGAUUGGCUCUUUCACCAGAUAGAAGAAAACUUGAGGAACACAGAACUGGCAGAAAACAGAGGAGCAGUAGUUGUUGGAAACGUGGGAUUCGGGAAGACGGCAAUCAUCUCGAAGUUGGUGGCACUUAGCUGCCAUGGCAGCCGCAUGAGGCAGAUCGCUUCCAGCAGCCCCUGCUCAUCACCUAAAACUUCAGAUCCCUCCCAGGAUCUCCCUUUCACUCCAUUGCUUUCACCUGGUUCUUCUACAAGUGGUCCCAACACAGCUAAAAGUCCCCCUCGGUCUGGGUCUGGCACUUCUGAAAACCAGAGACCAAGAGAGGAUGCAGUGAAAUACCUCGCUUCUAAGGUCGUGGCGUACCACUACUGCCAGGCCGACAACACCUACACGUGCCUGGUGCCCGAGUUUGUGCACAGCAUUGCUGCCCUGCUCUGCCGGUCCCAUCAGCUGGCCGCCUACCGAGACCUUCUGAUCAGGGAGCCGCACCUGCAGAGCAUGCUGAGCCUCCGAUCCUGUGUGCAGGACCCCGUGGCAGCUUUCAAGAGGGGCGUGCUGGAACCGCUCACAAACCUGAGAAACGAGCAGAAAAUUCCUGAAGAAGAAUACAUCAUUUUGGUAGAUGGCUUAAACGAAGCUGAGUUUCAUAAGCCUGAUUAUGGAGAUACGCUUUCUUCGUUUAUUACCAAAAUUAUUUCUAAAUUUCCUGCCUGGCUGAAGUUGAUUGUGACUGUAAGAGCAAAUUUUCAGGAGAUCAUCAGUGCACUGCCAUUCAUCAAGCUUUCCUUAGAUGACUUCCCGGACAACAAAGACAUCCACAGCGACCUGCAUGCUUACGUCCAGCACAGGGUCCACAGCAGCCCGGACAUCCUCAGCAACAUCUCUCUGAACGGCAAGGCCGACGCCGCCCUCAUUGGGAAAGUCAGCAGCCACCUGGUGCUGCGCAGCCUCGGCUCCUACCUGUACCUCAAACUCACCUUGGACCUCUUCCAGAAGGGACACUUGGUCAUUAAAAGUGCCAGCUAUAAGGUCGUCCCCGUGUCUCUGUCUGAGCUGUAUCUGCUGCAGUGCAACAUGAAGUUCAUCACCCAGUCCGCCUUCGAGAGAGCUCUUCCGAUUUUAAACGUGGCCCUCGCGUCGCUCCACCCCAUGACGGACGAGCAGAUCUUUCAGGCCAUUAACGCGGGCCACAUACAAGGCGAGCAGGGGUGGGAGGACUUUCAGCAGAGGAUGGAUGCCCUCUCCUGCUUCCUCGUUAAAAGGCGAGACAAAACCCGCAUGUUCUGCCACCCGUCCUUCAGGGAGUGGCUGGUGUGGCGAGCGGACGGUGAAAACACAGCCUUUCUGUGUGAGCCCAGAAAUGGGCAUGCUCUCCUGGCAUUCAUGUUUUCCCGACAAGAGGGCAAGCUGAACCGCCAGCAGACUAUGGAGCUCGGCCACCACAUCCUCAAGGCACACAUUUUCAAGGGCCUCAGUAAGAAGACAGGAAUCUCUUCAAGCCAUCUCCAAGCCCUGUGGAUCGGUUACAGCACUGAGGGGCUGUCUGCCGCCCUCGCCUCUCUCAGGAAUCUCUACACUCCCAAUGUGAAGGUGAGCCGGCUCCUGAUUUUGGGGGGUGCCAAUGUCAACUACAAGACAGAAGUGUUAAACAACGCCCCGAUCCUGUGCGUCCAGUCUCACCUCGGCCAUGAGGAAGUCGUCACUGUGCUCCUGGAGUUUGGUGCCUGCCUGGACGGCGUGUCGGAGAAUGGCAUGACUGCCCUUUGCUACGCGGCGGCUGCCGGCCACAUGAGGCUGGUGUGUCUGCUGGCCAAGAAGGGGGCCAGGGUGGACCACUUGGAUAAGAAAGGCCAGUGUGCGCUCGUGCACAGCGCCCUGCGGGGCCACGGCGACAUUCUCCGCUACCUGCUGGCCUGCGAGUGGUCGGCUGGGCCCCGCCAGCCUGGCGCGCCGAGGAAGAGCCAAGCCCUGCAGCAGGCGCUGACGGCCGCCGCCAGCAUGGGCCACAGCUUGGUGGUCCAGUGCUUGCUGGGAAUGGAAAAGGAACAUGAAGUAGACGUCAAUGGCACUGACACGUUGUGGGGAGAGACAGCCCUGACUGCUGCUGCAGGAAGAGGGAAGCUGGAGAUCUGCGAGCUGGUGCUGGAGCGUGGAGCUGCCGUGUCUCAGACUAACAGGAGAGGUGUCCCACCUUUGUUUUGUGCAGCACGCCAGGGGCACUGGCAGAUCGUUAAGUUGCUCUUGGAACACGGCUGCGAUGUGAACCUAAGUGACAAGCAGGGCCGGACGCCCCUCAUGGUGGCUGCUUGUGAAGGGCACUUGAGCACGGUGGAAUUUCUCCUCUCCAAAGGUGCUGCCCUCUCUUCUCUGGACAAAGAGGGUCUGUCUGCGUUAAGCUGGGCUUGUCUGAAGGGUCACAGGGCAGUGGUCCAGUAUCUGGUUGAAGAAGGAGCCGCGAUAGACCAGACGGACAAGAACGGCCGCACCCCCUUGGACCUGGCUGCCUUCUAUGGCGACGCGGACACGGUGCUGUACCUGGUGGAGAAGGGGGCCACAAUUGAGCAUGUGGACCACAGCGGGAUGCGGCCGCUGGACAGAGCCAUUGGUUGUCGAAACACAUCUGUAGUGGUGACACUACUGAGAAAAGGAGCCAAACUAGGAAAUGCUGCUUGGGCGAUGGCCACUUCCAAACCUGAUAUUUUGAUUAUACUUUUACAGAAAUUAAUGGAGGAAGGAAAUGUGAUGUACAAAAAAGGGAAGAUGAAAGAAGCAACCCAGAGGUACCAGUAUGCUUUACGGAAGUUUCCUCGAGAAGGAUUUGGGGAGGACAUGAGACCAUUCAAUGAACUAAGAGUUUCCCUGUAUCUCAAUUUGUCUCGCUGUCGAAGGAAAACAAAUGACUUUGGCAUGGCAGAAGAAUUUGCCUCCAAGGCUCUUGAAUUGAAACCCAAGUCCUAUGAAGCCUAUUAUGCCAGGGCAAGAGCCAAGAGAAAUAGCAGGCAAUUUGUAGCAGCUCUGGCUGACUUGCGGGAAGCUGUGAAACUAUGUCCCACCAAUCAGGAAAUCAAGAGGCUUCUAGCCCGUGUAGAAGAGGAAUGCAAGCAAUUCCAGAGGAGCCAGCAGCAAAAGCAGCAGGGCCCACCACCGGCUCCACCCAAUGAUUCAGAUAAUGAAGAGGAUGCCCCGACUUCUGGGCUGAACGACCACUUUCUUCUUGAGGCUGAAGAGGAAGAAACUGGUCAACAGGAAGAAUCCAUUUCCCUGACUCCCAGGCCCCAGCUGCCCUCAUCUGCCACCUCCCCAUACAUCAGAACCCUUCAAGAAGGGUUACAGUCCAAAGUAAGGCCAGCAUCGCCACAGAACAGGCCAGGAAUCAGCAAGCCCCUGAGGGAGCCUGUGGCUCAGCCAGGGUUGAUUAUGCAGCCCACAAAGAAGGCUCAGAUAGUGAAAACCAACCAGCAUCUCGGUUCUGGACAGGCUGGCGUGAGAAGCGGUAGCACAAAAAUUCAGGUCUCUCUUCAGAAUCCCCCCCCAAGUCCUAUGCCAGGUAGAAUCCCUGCCACACCUGCUGGUGGCAAAACCCAGCAUUUAGAGGGAACAGGUACUUUCACUGUGGGAGCUGGUCCGGGCCAUUUUGGGGACCGGCUGGGCCCCAGCCAGAAUGUCCAGCUGCUGCGCGGUGAGAGUGGUGCUGCAUAUCCUCUGCCCAGCAAGAUAAAAGCCGCGGAGAGGCUUCUUCUGUCUCCCGCCUCUGUAGCUAUGGACGUAGCCCCCACUCCAGACCAGGGUGGGCCGGGGAGCUGCAGUGACGUGCGACACCCGGCUUCCCUCGCCAGCUCAGGCUCCUCGGGCUCGCCAUCCGGCAGCAUAAAGAUGUCAAGUUCAGCUGGUAGUUUGACUUCAAGCAGCAGCUUUUCAGACAGCUUCAAGGCCCAAGGACCAGAUGCUCGGAUUAAAGACAAGGUUGGUACCCAGGUUCAGAGUGGUAUGGCUGAGCACAGGCCCCGCAACACUCCGUUCAUGGGCAUCAUGGAUAAGACAGCCAGGUUCCAGCCACAGGGCCAUCCUCCAAGCCGCACAUGGCACUGUCAGGUGGCAGAGGGGCUGCUGACGUCUCCUGCAGCUGGCCUGCAGGCCUCAAACCCCGAGAAGCCUCCUCUCAAGCAAGUAGGGGGAUUUAAUAACCAAGCCAAAGCCUGUUCUGUUUCUACUCUGGGUGGAAGUGUCCACAAUGGGGCACAGGUGAAGGAACUAGAAGAAAAGAAGUGCCAAAAACCUGUCCACUGUCAAGAUAACAGGAUAACUAAGACUGUUUCUCAUCUGUAUCAGGAAAAUAUCUCUAAACAGCAGCCUCAUGUCAGUAAUGAAGCCCACAGGAGUCACCUCACUUCAGCGAAACCAAAGCGAUCAUUCAUCGAGUCAAACGUGUGAGCCUUAAGAGACCCAUUUGUAAAAUUUGGAAAACAGCAUGUUGGCUCUUGGUGAUAAGUCAUAAUUAAAUGGUUUUUCAUCAGAAAAAAAAUUUUUAGCCAUGUAUUUUUUUUUCUUUUUCCUCUGGGGUGGAGCUGAUGCCAUUGUUAUGUUAAAAAUGUAGGUUGAAACUACUUUAUUAAAUAGCUAGAAGUCACCAUAAUUAAGAUUGCUAACCAGAAUUGAAGAGAUUAAUACAAACUACUAUUAGCUGUGCCCAUCAGUUCAAAAAUUUAAGACAGCCAAGACAUUAAUUCAUGCUUUUCUUAUGAAAUUGUUUGGUUUCUGUAAUUUUUCUCCUAGCCUUUGCUAUGUGGUAAGAUCAUAUAUUUACUUUGAGAAUAUAAAUGUCUGUUGUUAGUUCAUGGCAUAAUAUCUAGAUGAUAUGUUCUGGAAAAGAUGGAAUUUUCAAGGUACAGUUCCAUUUGACUAAAAUCCCAAUUAAAUAUAUGUAUUUGAAUUAAAAUCUUGGAUGAUUUCUAGCUGGGUAUGUGUGACUAGAAACAUAAUACAGCUGAAUUUUUUAAAGCAAAAUAUGAUAACAUCCAAGUAUUGUUCCCUCAAGAGAAUUAUUUCAGUGUUAUGGUUCUUAUUCAAAAUAUUUUUAUAGCACCUUUCUGGGAACUGCAUUCAUCCUUCAAGGUGUUUUGAUAUUUAGAAACCAUAGAAGCCAUUUGGGAUCAAGACUGGUGGUCAAACUGGAUUUAGGCCAAAAAACUAAGACCAGCCUUCCUAGUGGCACUUACAAAUUAGCUCUCAGCUGGUUCCAAAACUUCUUUUAACAAUGAUAGCACUCCUGGAACAAGUCUUCCAAGGUCCUUUAAGGACAAUAUUUAAUUUGGAUAUUCACAAUUGUAAAUAUUUAACUAUUUCAAAGUAGUUAAUCUAAAAAAAAAAUCCAGUCAUAUAUUUGCAUGUUCUUUAUAAGCUUCAUCCAUGCUGGUUAUUGCACUGAAUGAUAUAUUAUGGCAUGUUAACUGUAUACCAUAGUAACAGCACUUUAUCUCAUUUAUAGGAACACCUCUGAGGUGCUACUUAAGUCCAAACUGAUGUAUUAUUCAUUUGUAAAGAUAAGGUACAGAAUGAACCUUGGUUUACAGGUAUUUUUCUAUGAAAACGGUGUUAUUGGAGGAUAUGAAAGAUUCUAGUUUGAGAGCGGUGGGAAUAUACUGGUUUUAUAUGUCAGGAUGUGAAAUGUAUUUUCUAGAAUUGGGGAGAAGUAAGUUCUGUAUUUACAGAAUGUUUUAAAAAUGGUUGUAAUGAAGUUCCUGUGAGCAUCAUUCAGGUUUUGUACGAAUGGGACUCUUCUGUCAUUCUUCAUUUGUGUACAGUGUUCUUUGUACAAACAGCUUUGCAAUUUUUUUUAUAGGCUUUUCAUGAGGUCUACAUAUAACUACUAUGGCUUAUUUAUUGUUUUCUUUAAUAUUUGUGAAAGUCUUAUUCUUUUGUUAUGUAGUUUUGUUUCUGCACAACUACUGUACUUUUCCAUAUGGAAUAAAGACUAUUAAUAGAAUGUGUUUUGCAUUAAAUGGAACAAUGAAUAAGUAGAGAAUAUCUGAAUGACAACUAUCUGCCCUGCUUUAAUUCUGGGUGAUCUUGUAACCCUAAAGAAAAUAGUGAAAAGCUUAUUUUUAUGGUAAUGCUACCAAAUACAUAUUUAAUUUCAUUUUAUAAUACUUUAAAAACAAGUGUGACAGCUUCUAAAUGUUCUGAAAUGUUCAAAGGAAAAUUAAUGUUUUUUUCCCCUGAAAUAGGUUUUUCUUGAAGAAAAGCAAUCUAUACUUUGUUUCUCAGCUGUUCCAAGAAAUCUUUGUCUGUUUUUACUGGCAACAAGAUACCUUUAGUACUGCAACUUGCAAACACUUGGGCAAAACACUGAACAUUGUGUUAUUUUGUCAGGUGGCUCUUCACAAUGACAUUAUGUUUCAGUUACACGUGUGAAUUGCCUAUGUCCAUAUAUUUCCUUUUCAUAAUAGUAUGAAUGAGACUGACCAUCAAACUGGGUUAUAUGUCAUGAUAAAAUUUUGAUUUAGAAUCUUAAGUCUAAGUAGUCCCUAAUAAUACUUCAGGUUAUUAUUAUCUGGUCACUACUAUUAUUAGCAAAGUUAAGUAUUUUUAAUCCUUCUUUACAGCUGUAUAUUUAAAUUAAAGGUUAAAAAAAAAAACACACAAAGGAAACGGGGGGGGUGUUAUUCUGAUGGACAAUCUUGUCGUUGGGUGACUUUUCCUCUAAAGCAGCCAGUGUGACUUAUAUAUAAGAGUUUAUUAUGCAUUAAGUUAUGACUGAUAUACGCUUAGUAAAGAUAUUUGAUCCAACAAUGGGCUCCAUGAUUUUUUUUAAAUGUUAGAAUUAUGUUAACCUAUUUUCUGUAUAGAAUAUAAUAGAAAAACACCUUCUAAAACAGUGAUUUUCAAACUUUGUCUUAUAAGUAAGAAUGUGGGUUUGAAAAGAAAUCGCUGUUUUAGAAUCAUAGAUUGGGAAACAUAGCUGUUAUACAAAAGGAAAUAAAGUUCAGAAAUACAUUAAGUUGAGAGAAAUAUUACAUAGCACCAAUUAUAAAGAAAAGAUACUUGGAUAUUUCUGUGGUGGCUAGGUUUUCCACCUUGCUGUGAACACAGCACAUCAGCUAUAAGUUUAUAAAAUACGGAAAAAGUCUGACUAAAUGCUAUAAAUAUUUAAUUCCCCCCCCCCUUUAUUUCUGAGUUUUCAAAUUCUUAAACUACUACAGUGAAGGCUCUAAGGGGAGGUAUUUACAGAUCCUAAUUUGGGUUUGUUGAGUGAGGUCAAUUUAACAAAUGUGUGAGCACCUCUCCUGUGCCAGGGUGGUCGGCCACCAAGAGUCUUGGUUCCUGUCUGCCUUUACAGUUUAGUUCUAUUAAGCACUUAUUAUUUCAUACCAAUGGCUUCCAUUCCAGUAACCAAAUCAUGACAGGUAUGUGGGAAGUCAAUACAAUCUCAACUUCCUGAUCUCGAAGUUCUCUUACGAAUGAAUGCUUGUAGGAGUGCUAUAUUAAAUAUCAAGCUAUUGUGUAAAAGUGCCUUUGUACAGUCUCUACCUUUGAAUAAUACAUGAGAACUUUAAGAAUUCUAAAUUCUCAAUGGAGGACGGUUUGCUACUUUAUAUACUUCAGCAAAGUCAAUCCAACUAAUUCAUGAUAAUUUAUUAUAUGUUUAAUUUGUAUCUAGGUUUUAGACAAUGGAAAAAAAAAUCACUGCCACCCUGCAAAUCUAGAAUUCAACAAAAAUGUUUUGUAAACAUGUCUGAGGUCAUUUUCACAAUCACAACUAUACAAUUAGUUUGCUACAAAUUAAAUUCUAUUUAAAAGAAUUCCAAAGAUUUAGCAAAUGAAUGGCUAUUAAUUAGGGGGUUAAACUUCUGUUAUAUUGUAAGAUUAUGGCAAUCUUUGUUUGAAGAAUAA